AGUUGCUUUUCAGUCCCAUUCCGGUUUGCGUCUCGUCGUCUCGCGGAAUCUUAAGCGCAAUCGGUGUUUUAGCCCAGAAAAUUCCCACAAAAUUUAUAACAAUAUAAAACACAAGAUAAAAAUUAAGAAAACAGGAAAUGCCGACGGUUCAGUGCAAAUAAUGAAAUAUAACUUUCCUUAAGAAGUACCAUUUGUUUAACUAAAGAUCCUAAAGAAAAACCAUCUAGUGCAGUGUGAGAUUUCAAAUAAAGGAAAGUUGAAAAACAAUGUGUUAGUAAACUUUACAAAACUUUGGAACAAACAGUUUUUGAAAGAACCGUUUUAACGACUAAAAAAAUAAUAAAACCGUAUUAAAGCAGUGGAAAGUGUCAAAUCAUUAGUUGCCUGCUACUUGUCUUGACCGAGACAAACACCGAGUAACUCGAAGCGAACUCCUCGAAGGAGGAAACCCCGCAGGAAGGAAGGAAGGACACACAGCAGACAGCCAGAAUGGUGCUCGUGCUGAACGGAGUGCUGCAGGAUGACUGCCCCAUGGACACCAACAGCCUGUUCCUGCAGCAUCCCGUUUACAGAGACUACGCCCAGCAGCUGCACUCCAUUCCGGCCAAGUCGGUGGGUCCGGUGGGCCUGCUCUUCGUCGGCCAGCGGGAACUGGCCGCCUCCGCUCCGCACGACAAGAAUGUGAACAUCAUCGGAGCGGACGAUGCCACCACCUGUAUUAUCGUCGUCGUUCGCCACUCGGGAUCGGGAGCCGUGGCUCUGGCCCACUUCGACGGCAGCGGCGUGGACGAGGCUGUGUGCACCAUGGUCUCGCGGGUCCAGGAACUGGCCGUCGGCUAUCCGGAGGGCCGCAUCGAGUUGCAGUUGAUUGGUGGCUAUCGGGAUGCCAAGGGCUACGGCGAGGACGUCUUCUUCAGCAUCAUGCAAUCAUUCCACAAUCACCUACUUGAGAUUGAUCUGACGCAGGCGUGCGUUGGAGAGCUGAACACCAUGAUGCGCGGCGAGAUCAGCUGCCCCAUUAUCUACGGGGUGGGCGUGAACAUCAAGACUGGGGAGAUCUUUCCGGCAACCUUUCCGGACCGAGGACCCGACCGGGAGCUACGCGAUGCUCGCAUUUUCAUGGGAGCGCAGUCGGUUCUGGAUGUAUAUGAUUCUUCGCUGGGAAUGCUUCGCAUUGGACCCUUCAACUACGAUCCGUUGCGCGGGGCAGAUCUCUGGCUUUCCCAGACGGAUGAGUUUCUGCUGCAGCACCUGUCCUCCAGUCCCGACGUGGAGCCGCCUCACUUUGCACCCCAGACGCGUGCCACCAUUAGGUUUAUACAGGAGAACCAGUUCCCCGCCGUCACCGUCUUCAGGGACAAUCGGCCGCGCUACUUCCGGCGGGAUGAUGCCACGGGCUGCUGGGUGCUGGUUAGAUAUUAAAGCUUACUGUAGUGCUUAGUUGUUACGCAAUUCGAAACUGUCGCAGAUGUGUUAAUUGGCUGGUGCAUGUGUUAAUUGUCGCUGUCCACCGCAAAUGCUUCUGCUUGCCUUUGUUUGAGUUUUAAUCGUUGAGUUGAUUGUAUUCGGCUGUAAUUUUCGUCAUUGAUAUUCUAAAAUGUGUAUAUCCACUGUAAUUAUCGGCCGAUUAGCAACUGCAAUUGAUGAAUGCGACAUAAUCUCUCUUCAAUUAGAUACAAGAUUGAGUUCCGACGCUGGAGACGGUUGCUUGGGACGAGCCUUAGAAAUGGAUCUGAACUGGGAACGUGAAAGCGAUAAAUAUUGAUUAAUAAUUAUUACGAUCGUAUGUGCCCACGUGCAUGUAAAUAUUUAUGUAUGUGAAACCAAAGACUAUAGAAUAUCAAGAUGUUGCAUGACCUCAAAAAAAUCGUUCUAUGGUGGGUCUUGAUAUGGAGACCCACAUGACUUUGCACUUUUAAAGGCAGCUAAGACCAUAUACGCAAUUAGUUCGCCGCGCUUCAUGAAGCCCGGUGGUGUUGUGGUAGAUGCUAUGCCUCGUGUACAUGAAGGCCCGGGUUCGUAUCCUCGCCGAGCCCAGCCAUAUCAUAAAUUGUUUUUUUUUUCUUUUUUGUGUAAAUUAAUUAAUUAUUUUAUUUUUACAUUUUUUUUUCAAUUUUUUGUUUUUAUAUUUUUUUUCGCGUUCAUGCAAGUGGUGAACAGCCUGAUACAAUUAUACAAGGUAGUCCACUCGGCAAAAUCCAUAGUCCCCUAAUUUAACUUUGUCAAGUAAGUGUGAGUGAAACGGCUACAUUGUGCUUCAGUUUGACAAGCAGGCACGCACUGAAAAUAAGGGACCAAAACCGAACGAGUGGACUACGUUGUAUAAUUGUAUCAUGGUGAGCAGCAAAAUACCCUAAAACGCGUAUGUACACGCGCAUGUGUGAAAAUUUAACGACACAAUUAUCUGAAUAAGGAACAUUAUUAAUAUUGCACCUAUGAAUUCUUUAAUUUAAUUAUUAUAAACGAAAAAUGAUGAUUUAAAUGAAAAUUAAAGAAAAUAAAAUAAUAAUGCUUUACAAGUCUGAUAUACCCUUCUACUAUUGUAAAGUGUAUAAAGCCCGAUAAACUGAAAACUAGCAGCUGUGAACAAAUUCCCAAUUUGGGAACACGACGAAUAUUAAAAACGAAGACGAAAGCCGAAAGCAGCAGUUCGUCGUGUUUCUAUUUUUAGAUUUUCCCUUUUUACCCCGACCGACCGCAUCAUGAAGCUCGAAACAGAAACGAAAAAUUGUUUGUAUGGGAUGCAACAUCUUGAUAUUCUAUAGUCUUUGGUGAAACCCAUUUAUGAACCCAAUACUAUUUAAAAGAGAUUCUUAGCUAAUUAUAUAUGCGCAUAAUCCGUGUAAAAGAAACGAAACAAAUUUAAAUGCAAUCAUUUUAGCUGUAAUUAAAACCUGUAAUCAAAAGUGUAAGAAAAAUAUAUAAAAAUGGCUUGGCUAUACAUACACACAAA